ACUAGUCAGCAAGUCAAGCCGGAGCUCAGUUGCAGCAGCGCAACGCAUUUGCCCAGACGCACAACUCGCGGUUCGCGGCCAAAACUAAGAGUUACGGAAAUAGACUUGCCUUGGCCAUCGAUCGUUCUACCAGUUACACUCAGAAAAAAACAGGCAAAACAGGCUAUUAUGGCUUAAAGUUUUAAAUGCAUAGAGUUAUGCAAACAAUGUGGCUAUGAAAAAGUGAUAAUUCCAUAGAAAAAUCGUAUCGAAUUCUCUGUGCAAAUGCAUGAUUAAACUUACCUAAUCUAUAAAUUUGUAUAAAAUUAGCAAAGAAAUAUUUAAACAAAUGACAAGCCAAGGGAACUUUUAUAACAAAGUAUUAAACUUGUGUUUCGUGUAGUGUUUGUGUUAGUUUUAGCCCAAAGUUUUCUGUUUGACUCGGCUGUCGUGCUGAAGUCGCCGUAGCCUUCGGCUCGUCGAUUGCGAGGGCUAGCUCCUGGCAGUCGCCUUUCGUCCUUGCUGCGGUCUAGAGCCCAGGCUUUCGCUGCUAGCCAGGCUAGAUGCGCCUCCUUCGGGGCUGAAGUGUGCGUGCUAAUGGCCAUGUAAUGAGUGCGCCGCGCUAAUCGUUAUGCAAUCGCCGUGGCUCGAUUUCCACUCGCAGUGAAAUGUCUCUCAAACGUUAUGCAACUCUGCUGGCCUUUGGUCAAAGUCAGAAUCAAAAUCAGAAUCACACAAUCCCGGCCACAACAAUAUCGCUGGUUUCCACAACGGACCCGCCAUUGCCGUCAUCAUCAUCUUCGACAGCGUUUGGAAGUUUCGUCAGCGAGGAGCAGCUGCAGUCCCAGGAGCAUGUCUCGUCCUCCUCCUCGAUUGUCACACACACCACCUACUACACCGGCGGAUUGGGGCAAUAUCACCAGCAGCGCGGUGGAUCCGUCAUCUCGGGCGUCGGUGGCGGCGGAGGACCUAGUGGACCCCAGACGUAUGCAAAUGUUGUCAACGGCAAUGUGAAUCUGCUGCUUGGCGGAGCAAUGCUUUCCCUGGUGACGACCAUAUUGUGUGUGGUCUGCUAUUGUUGCCAUCGGAACAUCAAAAAGCGAACGGAGGCCGCCUACAGGCAGCAGCAGCACCAGUGGCUCGAGGGCGAUCCCAACAUGGAAAUAUACAGCGUGGAGCAGUGCUACGAGACAUCUGGCCUGUUCCUGGGCGACUCCACCGAUGGCCUGUCCGCCGUGCCCGCCCUGCACCACGAACCACCGCCCUCGUACGAUGCAGUGGUGCUGCACGAACAGCAGCUCCACCAGCAGCAGCUGGAGCAGCAACAGCAGCAGCAAUUGCAGCUGCAACUGCAACAACAGCAACAGCUACUGAUGCAACGCGUCUCGCCGCCGCCAGGAUACCGAUCCUCCUUGGACAUCAGCGGCCAGCCGGGAACGAGCUUCGGUCGCGGCACACCGGAUGGCAGUGUGGAUGCGGUAGCCAGUGGCAGUGUGCAGUGCGCACCAGGAGGUGCCAAUGGCCUGCUGGUCAACAAGCAGUUGCAACUGGCCCUAAAUGCCCAAUCCUGCUGCUCGCUGCAGCGGGCCGAGGUGGAGAGCAUGUGGAAUGCCGCUGCGGCGGCGGUGGCUGCCCGGAGCGGAAAUUGCCUGGAAAUGGAGACGCUGCAGGUACGUAAGCCGGCGCAGAAUGUCAGAUUGAACACCUUCGGGCGGCGGUACCUGCAGCAGAGCCAUCAGCAUAGUGCAAACCACUACCGGCGAGGCUGUCCGCUGUGCGGCAAGUUCCGCUAUGAAGGUGAGGUCGAUGAUGAACCACUGACCGCUCUGUCCGUGGAGAGCGGUCUGAAUAUGGGCGGGCGCAGGGAGGAGGAGGAACCGUCUAUCUGCCCCUGCCCCAGCGACAUCGACAAUGGCAAUGGCAACCACAUUUCUGGUGACGAUCUGCAGGAUGAGGCCAACGGCAAUUUUCUGGCCGCCACUAUCGAUGAGCCACCUCAAAAUGAUGCCGUUCUCUUUCCCAUAACCGCUGCCAACGAUGAAAACGACAACGCAGCAACAUCGGACACACCAUCAACUUCCGACGCACCAGCCACAUUCCACGGGCAAUCGGGGGAGGAUGAGCUGGCCACGGGACAGCAGAAGGAGCACGAGGAGCAGGACCUGGACAACAUCAACGAGAAUGGAAUCAUCAGCCUGGACAUGAGCAAAAUCAUCGACAGAUCGGGCCUGCCCACAUACGAGGGUGCCAUCAAACUGGAGUCCAGUGGUUAUGUGUGAGCCUAACGAGCAGUUCGCAUUAGUUGUAUGGCUGCAAACCGAAACCCAAACCACAAUCGUGCUUUAACUAUGAUUAAGAUAGGUUGAGAUUGGUGAAUUCAUGUGUUAUUACUGCAGAAUGAGAAACCAGUUCAGUUUUUAGCUAUUUCAUUGGUUCUCAACCACCUAAGAAGAUGGCUAGAGUUUUUCUUUGAUAUGCUAAGAGAAGCACACCUAAAGUAAGCAUUUUUGAGUUGAAAGGGUUGACAAAAAUAUCACGCUCUCAAAACAGAGAAAAUAACAUUUUAAGCAAAUCGGAUAACAAUAAUUUUAACGUUUAAAUGUUUUAGAGCUAAGCCAGUGCAUAUCCCUGUAAAUGUUCGUGUCCGAGUACUCGUAUCAAUAAAAUCAAAAGUUGUAAUUGAACGCAACAAGCGGUUUAAUAAGCAACCUCAAUCCGCAA